AUGGGUGAUGCCUUUGAAUUAGGCGAUCUGUUUUGGGCAAAAGUUGGGUCCCACCCGUGGUGGCCGUGCAUGGUUUACUAUACGCCUAAUGGUGAGUCAUAUGUGCGUAGUAAAGGGAAACUAUUUAGUUACCAUGUGCAGUUUCUUGGACCUCUGGUUGAAAGAGCUUGGGUGUAUACAUCAAAUCUUAUUCCAUUUGAGGGCAAGAAGAAAUUCGAUGAAUACGUUCAGGACAAGCUCAAAAACUCUAAGGAUAAAAACGAGAGAGCGAAAUUCGAUAGUAAAUCAACUUCAAGCAACCGCGAAAUAUGGACUCAGUCGUGGAAAGAGGCGGAAAGCGCAUUGAGUAUGACCCCGGAGAAGCGUAUCGCAACGUUUGGGCGUAUCUCCGUCAAGUCUAAAGUUAAACCGCUCAGUAAAAAUGAAGAGGGUGAAAUUUUACAGUUAUUGUCCAAUGUACCACUGACAAUGGAAGAGGAAGCAGAGUCUCUAGCUGCCUAUCUACGGGAGGAAUUGGAACUUAGGUCCGAGAGAAACCCCGAAAUUGAUCGGAAGCUCCUUGAAGAGGAACUGCGUGCUCAGUGGCCUUGUUUCGACAUUCCUACAAAGCGCAGCUACCUUCAGAACAAACUUAGCAUUUUCCAGUCAGUUCCUGAGGUGAGACUGUCAGCUAUUUAG